AAAAUUUUAGUGAUCGAAAAAUUGUGCUUUGCGAUGGAGUCAUAUUUUUGCAAUUCAAAAUCUGAUAUCAUUGUUGAGAAUUCUAAAUUAUGUCAUUCUGUUGUAGUUUCUCAAUCCGACUGUGUGUAUUGCAGAAAAUUAUCAACCGUUUGACAAAGUUUGCGUGAAAAUUGUUGUCGUUAGUGAAACAAGUCGAUCAGGGAGACAUCUUGUGAUUGAGAAACCGCAAUUGCCAGUCUAGAUUUCUUCUUUCAAGUGAAAAUUUAGCUAAAUUAUAUCGGUGCUGAAAAGUCCUCACGAUGGACGUGUCGUGGGACGCAGAUAAUUUUGAACCAAAACUUCCGACCACGUUGGCCACCUCAAAUAAAUGGGAAGGCGAGGACGAAGACGACAACGUCAAGGAAAGUUGGGAGGAUGAAGAAGAAGAAAAGAAAGAUGAGGAGAAAAAAGAAUCAACGCCCGCGCCGGCUAAGCCUAAAAAGAAAAUUCAUGACAAAAUAGCUGAGAAAGAGCGUCUGGAACGCGAGAAAGCUGCACGGCUAGCGGCCGAGAAGGAGGAAGAGGCUCUUACUCCAGAGCAGAAGCUUGCUGAGAAACUCAGACAACAGAAGCUGCAAGAAGAAUCAGAUCUGCGACUUGCUUUGGAAACAUUCGGCAUAAGUGAGACUGGUACCGGCAAGUUGGACAGCUUUAAUCCAAGCACAAAGGAAGAGUUCACUGAAUUUGCAGAUCUGCUGGGCAAAAAGAUCAACAUAUACAAGGGACGAGAGGAGUUUCCCGGUUUUGUUGAUGAUGUUGUUAAGAAUAUUGUUGUACAAAUGAACUCAGCAGAUAUCAAAAGGAUAAAGAUGACUGUAGACAAUCUAUACAUUGAAAAGCAAAAAGCAGAGAAAAAUGACAAGACAAAGAAGGCCAACAAAGGAAAGGGCAAAGCGAAAUUAAAAGUAGAGGGAGAUAAUGCCCACCUGAACCAGUAUGACGCCUAUGGCAACUACGAUGAUGAUUAUGAUGACUUCAUGUGAUGCACGACUCGUGUUCUUCUGUUAUAUACUACUGUGGGUUGUACAAAACGAGAUGGCAACAGUGUUAUAUAUCUGCUAACGUUUCUGGGAUUAUAUGAGGAAUUGUCACCAGUGUUCACUGAUGAAACGGAACACUUUAUUUAAAGUGACUUCUGAAAUAAAUUAAAGUCAUAAUAAUUUAUGACUACUUAUUAUCUUCUGUUAUUUUAUUACUUAAUACUAAUUACUAGAUUGUUGUUUUAAGAAGUUCUCCAGCUUAGUAUAUUUUUCUAUAUAUUUUGUUGGUUCUUUACAGAAAAUAUAUUAUAAUUGUUUAGUCGCACCAGAAAAGCAAAGAUUUUUCUGCUGUAUCUUAUUUUAUACAUUGUAUGAUCAUUAUUUUAAAUUUUAGUUGGAUAGAAGACGCCUUAA